AUGUCAUGUGUUGAAAUUGAAAUGAUAAAGAAGCAUUUGAAGGAGGCGAAGGAAGCAGUGAAAACAUCCAGAGUUAAGCUUGAAUGGCUGGAAGAGGCAGCAGUCACUGCAACUCAUCAACACAGAGAUAUUUUAAAGUAUUUCCGAACUUCGGAGAAAAGAAGAUCUAGAACUGACAUAUUGUAUGCUGCUAAAGUAAACGAAGUGUAUCAGAAGGCUCGUAUUAAUUUCGCCAUCGGCACAAAGGAACUAGGUGAGAAAAUAAAACUAUUGGAAAUGAAGAAGAUUGAAUUUUUGAAGUGUAAGUUGAAAUAUUGA